AUGGGUAUCUCAAGAGAUUCACGCCACAAAAGAUCAGCCACUGGUGCUAAAAGAGCCCAGUUCAGAAAGAAGAGAAAGUUUGAGUUGGGAAGACAAUCGGCCAACACCAAGAUCGGACCAAAGAGAAUCCACAGUGUUAGAACCAGAGGAGGUAACGAAAAGUUUAGAGCUUUGAGAAUCGAAACCGGUAACUUUUCUUGGGCCUCCGAAGGUGUUGCUAAGAAGACUAGAAUUGCAGGUGUUGUUUACCACCCUUCUAACAAUGAGUUGGUUAGAACCAACACUUUGACCAAGUCUGCUGUUGUCCAAAUCGAUGCGACUCCAUUCAGACAAUGGUACGAAAACCACUACGGUUCAACUUUGGGUAAGAAGAAGAACCUUCCAGCUGGUACCGAAGCUGAAGAAGUCAAGAGAUCCAGCAAGUUGGAGAGAAAAUUGGCUUCUAGAUCAGGUGCUGCUGCCAUUGAAUCAGCUGUCGACUCCCAAUUCGGUGCUGGUAGAUUGUACGCUGUCAUCUCAUCCAGACCAGGUCAAUCCGGUAGAUGUGAUGGAUACAUUUUGGAGGGUGAAGAGUUGGCUUUCUACUUGAGAAGAUUGACUGCUAAGAAGUAA